GGACCCGGCCCCGAACGGGGGGAGGCGGAGGGGGCCGAGCCGAGGGGAGGGGGCGGAGGAGGCGGCGGGGAGUGAGCUGCACCACGGGGCCUGAUGGAGAACACAAAGGACACGGGAUCGCGUUGAGGAAGUGUGUAACGUGAGCCGCAGGGAAGCCCGGCAGAGCUGUGUGCUUUCCUGGGUGGAAGCUGCUGUUGAUGCACGGUUUGGCUCUUGUUCCCGAGAGUGUGGAGACCUGUGAGCACACAAGGAUUGUAGGCUGAAAAGUCUCCACUCUUCUCGUGUGAAACCCCGCGGGGAAGAGGCUAUGGACAAAACCAUUGGCAAACAGCAGCAACUGGCUUCAGACAAAAUGCUGUCAUACGUAGCAAAUGAAGAGGCAGGAAAACACGUUUCUGUAAUUUUCCAGCUGAGAUUUUACAUGUAAUAAGAGUGGAAGGCACAUUUCCAGAUAGAGGUUGUAAUUUCCUCCAGAAAGCAGAAAUAUUCUCUCUCUCAUCUAUGGAUGUUUUGGCAAGAGGCCUUGGCAGUGCUACCAAGAUUCUAAAUCUGUGAUAGAGGAAGAAAAAAAACAGAACAUCUUUCACAAACAGAAAGGAAGAGACGUGAUUCAUUCGGGAUGUUUGACGGUUAUGACAGUUGUAGUGAGGACACCAGCAGCAGCUCCAGUUCAGAUGAGAGUGAAGAAGAGGUUUCUCCUUUGCCAUCCAGUCUCCCAAUCAUAAAGAACAAUGGACAGGUCUAUACUUACCCAGAUGGCAAAUCUGGCAUGGCUACGUGCGAGAUGUGUGGAAUGGUUGGUGUCCGUGACGCCUUUUACUCUAAAACAAAACGGUUCUGCAGUGUAUCAUGCUCUAGAAGCUAUUCAUCCAACUCCAAGAAGGCCAGCAUUCUGGCCAGGCUUCAGGUAGCGGGCAAACCUCCAACAAAGAAGGCUAAAGUUCUACAGAAACAACCUCUGGUGGCUAAACUAGCAGCAUAUGCUCAGUACCAAGCAACUUUACAAAACCAGGCAAAGACUAAAGCAGCUGUCCCCGUGGAAGGCUUCAGCUGGGGUAGCUACAUCAAUAGCAAUAGCUUUACAGCAGCUCCCGUCACUUGUUUUAAACACGCACCUAUGGGAACAUGCUGGGGUGAUAUCUCAGAAGGAGUGCGAGUGGAGGUUCCAAACACAGACUGCAGCCUACCUACCAAAGUCUUCUGGAUAGCUGGAAUUGUUAAAUUAGCAGGCUACAACGCUCUGCUAAGAUACGAAGGCUUUGAAAAUGAUUCAAACCUUGACUUCUGGUGCAACGUUUGUGGGUCUGAUAUCCACCCAGUUGGUUGGUGUGCAACCAGUGGGAAGCCUUUAGUCCCUCCUCGAACCAUCCAACACAAAUACACAAACUGGAAAGCUUUUCUAGUGAAACGACUUACUGGUGCCAAAACACUUCCUCCUGACUUUUCUCAGAAGGUGUCUGAGAGCAUGCAGUAUCCAUUCAAAACCUCCAUGAGAGUAGAAGUUGUUGACAAAACACACCUCUGUCGAACGAGGGUAGCUGUUGUAGAGAAUGUCAUUGGGGGACGGUUAAGAUUGGUCUAUGAAGAAAGCGAAGACAAAACUGAUGAUUUCUGGUGCCAUAUGUACAGUCCACUCAUCCAUCACAUUGGUUGGUCUCGAAGUAUAGGACACAGAUUCAAAAGAUCUGACAUUACAAAGAAACAGGAAGGACACUUUGAUGCACCCUCACAUUUAUUUAUGAAGGUGAAAGAGGUGGACACAGCUGGAGAGUGGUUUAAAGAAGGAAUGAAACUGGAAGCUAUAGACCCCUUAAACCUUUCAGCAAUAUGUGUGGCAACUAUUAGAAAGGUUUUAGCAGAUGGCUAUCUUAUGAUUGGGAUUGAUGGCUCAGAAGCAGCAGAUGGGUCUGAUUGGUUUUGUUACCAUGCCACUUCCCCUUCUAUUUUCCCUGUUGGUUUCUGUGAAAUUAACAUGAUUGAACUAACUCCACCCAGAGGUUAUACAAAACUCCCUUUCAAAUGGUUUGACUACCUCAGGGAAACUGACUCAAUAGCAGCACCUGUAAAGCUCUUCAAUAAGGAAGUUCCAAACCAUGGGUUUCAUGUUGGAAUGAAACUGGAGGCCGUUGAUCUGAUGGAACCUCGCUUGGUCUGUGUGGCCACGGUAACUCGCAUCAUCCAUCGUCUGCUGAGGAUACACUUUGAUGGGUGGGAAGAUGAGUAUGAUCAGUGGGUGGACUGUGAGUCCCCAGACCUCUACCCAGUGGGAUGGUGUCAGCUAACUGGAUAUCAGCUGCAGCCUCCAGCACCACAGUCAUCAAGAGAUAACCAGUCAAGUUCAUCAAAACAGAAGAAAAAAUCAAAAUCACAACAGUACAAAGGACAUAAGAAAAUGACUUCACUGCAGCUGAAGGAGGAGAUGCUGGAUGGGGAGGAGUACAGCUUCCUGCAAGGAGCCUCUGAUCAGGAGAGCAACGGAUCUGCCAGCUACUACAUAAAGCAAGAACCAUAAGGCAGCUCGGGAAAGUGAGGGCAUGGGAUUGGUGACAGGAAAAGAGCCUUUCUCCGAGACUGACUGGUUUUGUUCCCACUUUAUGGUGCAGCGCGGAUGGCUGCGCCGGGGGCACUUUGCUACCUGCAGAGUUUGACUCAGUUCAGAAAUCUUUUAGAAGGGCGGGGAAACUAUUUUAGUGAAAAAAAAGAUUUUUUCAAUUUAUUAAAAAGGAGAACGGACACUUUUUGUGUUGUAUUUGAAGCUUUUGCAAGAGUUUUGUAAUAUUUUCAAGUUCAGAUCUAUUGUGCAUUGUUAACAAGAACUGAGAAUCUAAUUUUUUUGGUAAGAUGAAAGUUUAAAUAGCAUGAUGGUGGAAGCGCUUGGAGGAAGAUGUAGUUGCAAAUACAAAUGAACUGUCACGACAAGUGAACCUUGUUGGUACAAAUUGGGAGAUACUUAAAACUCUUGUGAACUGCACCGGUCACACCUCUGUUCAUUUUGAAUUGUGAAAGAAGGCGUUUGAGCCCUGAUGUGAAGGCGCAGAUGGUAGGAGGAGGAUCGCCCUGUAAAGCUCUACUUGGUGAGUAGCCCCAGUUGCAGUGGAGCCAUCACCUGGGGGAGGUUGUUUUUUUUUAACCUUUUCAAUAUGUUUCUAUUUAGUUUAAAAUGUUUUUUUUAUAUGAUGCUUUUUUUAAUUGAAAUACGUAGUUCCUUAGGGUCUGAAUCAGUGCCCAGUAAUAUCGGUAGCCUUGUGUUCGUCAGCUGCAGUGGGCACUGGAUUGGGACUACAGCUCUUUUGUCUCUACGUGGAUAUCUGUUGUCUUGGAACGCUCCAGCAAAUGUUUACAGAGCCCUGUCUGCCAAACUGGAACUUCAGAAAAUUCCCUGCUUUGGAGGAUUAGAGAUAACGAUGGAUUUAGGCUGAAGAAACCUAGACAGCAACUCAGGCCUCCCUUGGUGAGGGAAGGAACUUCUCCAUGUCCUUCUGAUUGUAUCUUUCCAUCCAGAAAGACCUUAUUUCCUUUCCAUCUGAAAUGUCUAUUUCUGAACGUUCAGAACUGAUGUUCCCUGUGGCUUUGGUUGACCUAAAAGGAGCCAGAUGUUCAGCUCUGCACAGCCUGCAGUGUUCCUUUCUUACUGCAGUUUUGUAAGGUGGAAAUUGAGAUUUGAGAACAUGACAUGGCUGGCAUACGGCAUAGCGUGUAACUCACCUGCUGGAUGUGUUUGUUGCCUCAGUCCUUGUGUCUCACUUCAGAUAUCCCAUUAAUCCCACCUGCUUGUCUGUCCAGAUGUUCUAAAGGCACAUGUUAUGCAGAAGGGUGAAGGUGUCUGGUAGUGUAAUGCAAAGUAUUUUCAUGUGAGCCCUGAAUUGUUUGGAUUUUCCUUCCUUGGUUGUAAACUUUGUAUGUCUUUGUAGAUGGCUUCAUUGAUGGAAUUGAUGGGUGAAAUGAUCCGUUUAUCAAUCCCCCUGCAGAGCUGUGACUGGAAAAAUGUGCAUCAAGAGCUUUAGCUUUUACCAGUGAGGUUCAUUAACUAAACUCUCAGGAAUUAACUGCAUAUGUUCUAUAAGUGCUUCUGGGUCUUAGUAGGUUCCCUUCAGAGCAGUACGGUGAUUAUUUGACUCUUAACCAUAAGUUAGGGCUCAGUAAAUCUGUGAUCCAUACGGUUAACUUGUGUGUUCCGGCAGCCUACAAAGUGCUUGAAGGCCAUCAGCCCACAGAGCCCCCAGGAGACCGUUUUUUGUAUGUCGUAGAUCAAACCUGGAAAGAGGUGCAUAGAAAGUUGAAAACCAGCAAAUGGAAUCUUUUCUAAAAUAUUGCUCUAACUUUGGGUACGUAGUGUGGGUAAUAUGCACAGGUUUACCUCAUUCUAUGCAAGAGGGGUUAAUUAUGUAAAGUUUUGUAUUUACUACUGGAAUUUAAAAAGAAAAAAACAAAAACAAAAACCAACCUGUCCUGUAUAGCAUAGGAAUGUCUGGAAUUUUCCCUUACCAGUGAAAAUGUCUGUACUGACCCCUUUUUAACAACAGCUUCGUACACUGACAGCAUCUGCGUAAUGGAUUGGAGGCACCUGGUACUUCAGGUGAUGCAGACGCUUCAGCUCUCUGCAGCAGCCAUAGUGAAAGGACUUUCACUUGUCUGCUGGGCUUCAGAUCCGUCCUCUCAGAGCCUGACCCUCGUGGGCAUUUCUAUUGAGCGCCCUGUGUUGGAGGAGUAGGUUUAGAGACCAUCGUUAAUGACACUUUGAGCCUUGAUUUUACUCUUUUUUUCCCAUGCUCUCCGUUUAUGCUGCCAUAAAAUCCAGUUCUGCAAGUGUUGAUUUGGUUUGGUAAGUACAUCCCUGUUGGUUCCAUUCGUGGUCUUUGAUGUGGCAAUUUCCAGAUCUCCACAGGCAGCUGGAACGAGUUGGGCACAUUCUCGCUUUCUUAUCAGUUGCUUCUCAGUACAGUAGAAAAACGUGCAUUAAUUUGUCUAUUGAUGUGAAAAUUUGGGCUGUGGUUGGCAAGGGAUGUUCCCAAGCCAGGAAACCUUGGGCUUCUGUGUGUUGCCCAGGUCAGAGCUUGGCUUCCCAGGCAUAGCUGACCUGUGAGCUUUGGCUGCUGAGAGGCAAAGAUGGCACUUUGACUGCAUUUCCUGUGCUGGAGAAAUAUAGGAAUCAGAUUGGAAAUCUGUCAGUGUUUCCAGUGUUCUUUAGGAGCAAGUUCCCUUUGGUCAAACACUACGUGUCUGAGCUGCCCUGCGUUCUGAUGGCACACGACUGUCGGAGCUGUGGGCUGAGACAAAGGAGGGACGUUUGUGUCCGUAUCGAGAAGAUACCAGCGUUGUUUAACUGUUGGGUGGUGGGAUCUGUCCUAAGCAAACCGUGUCAGGGAUUCAGGGCAUUUCCUCAAGAGGUUUGUGGGAUCCUGGGCUGAGCAAAUCCCACCUGGUGGUUCGAGGAUUUCUCUUCAGCCGUGGGUUACAGGUCCCUUCUGGUACCUGUGCUGUGGGCUUUGCUGUGUGUAGGGAGCACCCAUCAGUUUCUGGGGGUCAUUAGCUUCACAGAGCAGUGUUGGAUGCGGAGCUUUCAAUGGGGUCAGCGCUGGGCACAGCAGGAUGCCAUGUCUGCAGCUCCCCUCCAUUGCUGGAGCCCUCCUGGUGGUCUUGGAGUUCUGUCAGUCCAACCCUUCCCUUGCUGCACCCGAGGAAGUGAAGGUGGUCAUCAGCUCUUUGUUCUACGGAUACUAACACGGGUUUCAGUGUUUGUUUGUUCUUCUUGUUGUUUUACGUGAUGUGAAUCCCCUCCCCUGUCCGGAUUUGUACAAUGGUGCUAAUAUAUUUGGUAACAAUCCUUUAUUGGGAAGGGAUUUUUAAAAAAAAAAAACUGUGAUUUAAACUGAAUUUUUUCUUCCUUUUAAUUUUGCUAUUUAAAACAAAGCCGCAGCCAUUUAUACACACAGCUGUCAGCUCCGGCCCCGGGGAGGCGCCGGGGCAGGAUUGGAGGUGAAACAAAUGGGGUUUUUACAUCAUUUCUGUAUGUAUUUGAUAUAUAAAUCAAUAUCUGUACAAAUUUAUCUUUUAUUUUCUUGGUAACUCGUGUGGUCAAUGAGGGAGUUGAAGGCUUUCUCACACAAUGUACAUACGUGGAAAAAAAAAAAUGCUUUUGGGGAAACGAAACGUUCCUUUCAUUUUUAUGAGACCGCAGAUUUUCAGCAUGGAUGUGAAAAGCAUUAAAAUUAUAACUUUGUGUACAAGAUGGAAAUAAUUCACUAAAUUUGCCUUUUUUACACAAAAUAAAAACGUUACAAGUCA